UUAUUGUUUUUCUAAUUACGUUUUAGUAUAAUAUUAUAUUUAUAGCAUCCAGGUAGUCGUGUCGCCGUCUUUAGCUGACAGCGCCGCUUGGAAACACGUGUGAAUGCUCUUCAUAUACGUGGUAGAAGGUGUUUUCUAGAAUCUGGGGCGAUGCUCACGUUUCGAUUUUCGAUCAUGCAGUAGGUCUACCACGUGCAUGUUUGUCUAACUGUUCAGCAUAAUCGCCUCUCUUAUCGUCUCUUCGUAAUUCACAAAUGGUACUGGCCUUGUCAGAAGGUUAUGCGAGAGAAGAAAUGCAUAUGUAGUUUGAGGUCUAUAUAUUGCUUCCAAUAGAGGGUGAAGCACUCGGUACCUGAAAAUUCAGCAAGUAUGAUGCCAGGUUCUCCCCUUGUUCGGAGGCGGAGCAACACAGGAGGGAAUACCCCUACUCGGUUGGGCAGGGGAACAUGGAGUCUUGCAGGGAUGGUUCAUGGAGUCUCACGGCCACGCUCGCAGUUAGUGAUCAAGGUCCUCCUUGCAGCGACAUUAACUGCGCUUUGCAUGUUCAUCCUUCGUCAGUACGAUUCUGCUGGAACUAUUGAUAAGUUCUCGGUCAAAGAUGAUGUGACCCACGUGUUAGUGACUGGCGGUGCAGGCUACAUUGGCUCCCAUGCCACUUUAAGAUUACUCAAAGAUGGCUAUCGAGUCACUAUAGUGGACAAUCUAUCAAGAGGAAAUAUGGGAGCCGUUCAAGUUCUGCAAGGGCUGUUUCCAGAACCCGGGCGAUUACAAUUCUUGUACGUAGACCUUGGUGACAGUAAAGCUAUAAAUGAGGUUUUCAGCAAAAAUGCAAUAGAUGUGGUCAUGCAUUUUGCAGCUGUGGCUUAUGUUGGAGAAAGUACGGCAGAACCGCUUAGGUAUUACCAUAAUAUUACUUCAAAUACUCUAGGGUUGGUAGAGGCCAUGGUGAGGCAUCGUGUUCACAAACUCAUUUACUCAAGCACCUGUGCAACUUAUGGAGAACCGGAUGUUAUGCCCAUAAAGGAAAGCACACCACAGGUUCCAAUAAAUCCAUAUGGGAAAGCAAAGAAGAUGGCAGAGGACAUAAUUUUGGACUAUGUUAAGAGCAACGACCAGUUAGCGGUGAUGAUAUUGAGGUACUUUAAUGUUAUUGGGUCUGAUUCCAAAGGACGUCUAGGAGAGGCUCCGCGACCGGAACUUCGAGCACAUGGACGAAUUUCAGGGGCUUGCUUUGAUGCAGCAAUGGGUGUCAUUCCAGAAUUGAAGGUCCAAGGGACGGAUUACAAUACCGAGGAUGGAACAUGCGUACGAGAUUAUAUUCAUGUGACAGAUCUCGUAGAUGCUCACGUGAAGGCCCUGAACGCUGCGAAGCCUGGCAAACCGGGUAUCUACAAUGUAGCUACUGGUAAAGGUGUUAGUGUCAAGCAGUUCGUUGAAGCAUGUAAAGCAGCAACGGGUGUGAAUGUAACUGUUAAAUACAUGGAUCGACGACCGGGUGAUUAUGCCGAGGUUUACAGUGACCCAACUAAAAUCAAGAAUGAGCUCAAUUGGACUGCCCGUCAUACGGACUUGACAAAGACGCUAAGAGUGGCUUGGAAGUGGCGGAAAGCGCAUCCGAAGGGCUAUACGGCUGUGAACUAUUUGAAUAGCUGAGCUUUGGGGAGUCGGUGACUUGACUGCUUGCUCUGUUAACGCACCCUUGCUGCAGAAAAUGCUCUCUUCUGCAGAAAUCGAUGAAGUCAACACAUGCUGCAGGCUGCAUAAGGACAAACAUUUACGUAUGCACUUAUGUUGUGCAUCGAAUUGUCUUGAUGUGUAUGGACUCAGUUGAUUCACCAACUUCUCAGUGCGAGGGUUGAUUUGGAUUUCCACUUCAAAAUGGUGGAGAGAUGGUUACGUUCGGGGGGAAAUCGGUACCGAUAACUCGCAGGAUGUGUAGAUGUAAGCUUCACAUUGAGGCUUCACCAAACCCAAGUAGCACACGGCUUAUAGACAGGUCUUGUUCUGCAGCAGCGACCAGGGCUGUUGACGUUGAAUCCAAGCGGAUGAACAUGACAUUCUCAAGUGCAGGGUCUUGUACAGGUUGUGCACAGGAGCUCUAAGCCUUACAUGCAAUCUCUUCAUUUCAUGACUACGAAAGGUCUGGUAGUGAUCAAAUCAUGCUCUUCCUGCUUUUCUUCAAAUAUUUUCACAAACGUGAGAAGUUGUAUAUAUCUAUACAACGUUGUCUGUUAUGCAAUGUUAAGUGUUCGGAUAUGGUUAGCAGAAAAUAGAGCAGGGAAAGAAUCGAGUUUGGUUCAAGGAAUCCUCUGAGUUUUAUUUAUUCAUUUUAUUGGAAUAUAAAAGCUAUGAAAAAUACAACACAGAGUGAAUGUUAACAGUUUAUCAGCAAGUCUUGGAUUAAGACUUGAUGAGAAAAAAGACCAAGAAAUGAUGUAUA